AUGCUUACCAAACUAGCCUACACUCUUUUGGCACUAUCCAGCAUCGCGGCAGCCCAGCCUCUGGGUGUUCCACAUGUGCAUCACCAGCAUCAGAAAAGAGAAGCUGCCGUUGCUGUUGACACAGUUGUCGUUACAGUUACUCAGAAUGCAAAUCCAACCACUUUGCAGACCGUCAUGACAUCGGCAACCACUUCGUCAACUGCCUCAACCGAGGCUGAGGCUGCCACGUCGUCAUCAGCUACCACAUCGUCAUCGGUUGCAGCUUCAUCAUCAGCUUCAUCGUCAGCUUCGUCUGACAGCUCAUCAAAUGACACUUCAUCAUACGAGGAUGGAACCGUUGAGUACUAUGCAGGAGAGGGUAAAGGUAUCACAUACUCGCCAUACUCAGACUCGGGAUCGUGCAAGUCGGAAAGCGACAUCCAGAGCGACAUUCAGAAGCUCACAGACUUUGACAUUAUCCGUGUUUACGCCCCAGAUUGCAGCUGUGUCUCGGCCAUUAUGGGAGCCAUGGGUUCGAACCAGAAGGUUUUCGCCGGCCUAUACUACAUGGACUCUCUUUCGUCGGACAUCAGCACUUUGGCCACACAGGUCAAGGCCUCAAGCCAGGGAUGGGACGGUAUUUAUGCCGUUGCAGUUGGAAACGAGUGGGUGAACUCCGGAACUUAUUCGGCAUCGGAAGUUGCGUCGGCCGUUUCUUCAGGAAGAAGCCUAUUGCAGGACCAGGGCUACAGCGGAAAAGUCGUUACUGUCGACACAAUUCCAGCUUACGAGAACAACAACGAGCUCUGUGAGGCGUCUGACUUCAUUGCUGCCAACUCCCAUGCUUACUGGGAUGGAAAUGUUGAGGCUGCCAACUCUGGAACAUGGCUUGAGCAGCAGAUUGCUGAUGUCAAGAGUGCUUGCGGCGGAUCCAAGAGUGUUCUUAUCACGGAAACAGGAUGGCCAACAAAAGGUGACACCUAUGGAAGCAACGGUGUUCCUUCUACUGCCAACCAGCUUGCCUGUAUCAAGUCUAUUGCUGAGGCUGUUCCAGACCAGGUUAUCUUCUUCACAGCCUACAACGACUUGUGGAAGCAGCCAGGCUCGCAGAACUGUGAGCAGUACUGGGGAAUCUUCAACUGA